UAGUGGUGGUGAGGUGGCCACGCCUCAGUGCUCCUCGGAGCGUGCGACGGGACAGACGGGACAGAGCGGUGCUGUGCGGAGCCCCCGUGCAGCCAACUCGUUCUUUUCUGAUCCGGAGCGUUUUGGUGGCGUUUUUGUGCUGCAAGUGCCCUCGAGGCCAGACCGUGGGACUUGGUGACACGGAGCUUCUGCGAGGUGUCUCCAGUCCCUGCGGCAGCUGCCCUUGAGGCCGCACUGCAGGACUUGCGUUUCGUAGCCUUUUCUAUCUUUCAGGUGCCCUCGAGGCCAGACCGCGGGACUUGGUGACCCGGAGCUUCGGCGAGGAGUCUCCAGGCCCUGCGGCAGGUGCCCUCGAGGCCAUUCUCUGGGGCUUCGUGCCCCGGAGCUUUUCCCUGCCAUCUCCAAUCCCUGCGGCGGCUGCCCUUGAGGCCGCACUGCAGGACUUGCCUUUUGUAGGCUUUUCUAUCUUUCAGGUGCCCUCGAGGCCAGACCGCAGGACUUGGUGACCCGGAGCUUCGGCGAGGAGUCUCCAGGCCCUGCGGCAGGUGCCCUCGAGGCCAUUCUCUGGGGCUUCGUGCCCUGCAGCUUUUCCCUGGCGUCUGCAAUCCCUGCGGCGGCUGCCCUUGAGGCCCGACUGUAGGAUGGCGGAGAGACGCUUCAGCCUGUGCAGGUUUCUCAGGAGGAAGAAGAAGGAAGGCCCUGAGACUGCCCCUGCACAGCAGCCUGAGGAGGUGGAGCAGCCCCAGCCCCUGCAGGAGGAUCCAGGCCGGGACCGGACACAAGAACAGGACCGUGCCCGUGGCCGCUUCCGCAGGGCAGCUCAGGCCGUUCGGAAAUUCGUGGGCAUUCGGCGUCCAAAGACCAGGAUCGCACCAGGCGAGGUCAUGGCACAGCCUGACCCCACGCCCAGUGAGCUCACGGCCAAGACUGACGGCGCAACACCUGAGGGCGAGGCAGACACUGACAUCGCAGCCGUUCAGUGCCUGCCCAGUGCUCCUGGUCUGGACAUUCCUGGGGAGAGAGUUGUCUCUGUGGAAGAAGCCAUGAAGCCAGAGAGAGACACAGAGCAGAGACCCCCCAGGGUGCCCAAGCUGGCCUGGCUGAAGGAGGGGGAGGAGGAAGGCCCUGGAGCUGGCCCAUCCCAGCAGCCUGAGGAGGCGGAGCAGUCCCAGCCCCUGCAGGAGGAUCCAGGACGGGACCGGACACAGGAGCAGGACCGCGCCCGGGGCCGCUUCUGCAGGGCAGCACAGAUGGUUUGCCAAUUCAGCAGGUGCAUUUGGAGGGAAGAGACCAUCGCCAUGGGUGCUGGGGGCAUGGCAAGCUCUGACCUCUGCAAUGCGGAGACCAGCGCUGCCCUGCUGGAUUUGCUUGUGGAGAAUGGUGUCUCCAGUGCCGAGAAAGUGCCAGCCUUCGUCAGGUACAUCCACCGGUGGCUCACGGCCAAUGUGUGUGCUGAGCGCAGACUGGACAGGACUCUUCUGGCUCUGGUCGAGGCGCACCCCGUGGAUGUGGUGGUGACUCUGCUGCGCUCUGCCCCAUGCUGUGACAGAGCUGCUGUGAGCAUGUGGAGAGCAAUCAUCUCCUUGAGAACUACUGCAGAGUCGGUGCUGACGAUCCUUGCCCUCGUCCUGGGAAGCUGGCCAGCCUGCAGCAUGCGCACCUCGGAUGGGGAUGAAGCGGAAGUCUUUGCCCUGGCUGCAACCGUGGCACUCUGGAAGAUCCUCCAUCUGCUCUGCUGCACACGGGCAGUGAGGGAGUGUUUCCCCAACCUCUUUGUGCAUCUGCUCUUCCAAGUGUUCUUCAGCACAGUGCAGAUGCCGGAGGAGGUUGACACCCUGUGGAGGGAGUGCCGGAAGCAACACAGCCUUCCCACCAAGCCCAACAGGUUUGCAGUGCUGACCCUCAAAGCCCUGCUGCACCGUCUGCGCUGCGAGAGCGUGGUGGUGGCACUGGAGCGCAAGUGUGGCUGGGACACGCUCCUCAACGCCGACACCCACCACUACGCAGUGGGUCUGCUGGCCAGGGAGAUGGGCUCUUUCUGCACCCCCUGGUGUUGCAGCAUUGUGUGCUGCCUCCUGGAGCUGCUCAGCGAGGAGAUGUGUCCCUGGGAGCUCCCUGCCAUGGUGUUCCUUGUGGAGACCCUGGUCUACCUGGACGUGAGGGAGUGCGGCGAAAGCGUCCUGCAGAUCCUUUCGAGGCACCUGUGGAGCGAGUGCCCAGAGAUGCGCCGCCAAGUGCUGAGGGGCCUGGUGGUGCUCAGCCAGGAUGCCGUGACGGCCAAAAGAAUGGGCAGCCUGACUGAAAGCCUCGUGCAGCUCCUGUGGGACGCAGAUGGAGAGCUGGUCCGGAGGACUGUCAGCGUCCUCGGCUUUCUGCUCUCCGAUAAAGACAUCCAGCUCUCCAGCCCCACCGCCCUGCAGCUGGCUGAGGCGCUGCAGCCGCUCUUCGACAACGCUGACAGCAGUGUGCAGCUGUCCUCCAUCCUCCUCUUCCGUGGGGUGAUGGUGACAGGGCAGAAAGAGGGAAAAAAGGCCCUGAAGCCACACGUGCGCCAGAGCCUGCUUCCACUCUUCUUCCACUGCCACGAUGAGAACCAGAGAGUGGCAGAGGCCUCUGGGGAAGCGCUGCUUUGUGUGGCCGGCUUCCUGAAGAGAAAGGACCUGAAGAAGAUAGUGAAGAGGAAGGAGCUGUGGAUGUUCAGCGAGUGCCUGCUGCAAAAGGAGCGGAGUCGAGCGGCCGAGUACCUGCGCCAGGCUUUGCCGUACCUGGAGAGCCCACAGGAGCCCGUGCGAGAGGCAGCCAUCAGGUUCACUGGGAUCGCCGGGAGGUACCUGCGGGGACAGCCCCAAGAGCUGCAGGACAUCAUCGAGAUUCUUCAGGGUCUGAGGAAUGACACCAGCCCCGCCAUCUCAAGCCUGGCGCUUCAGAGCUACCGUGUGCUCGAAGCUGCUCAGAGAGCUGCAUCCCCCCAGGUGCAGCAGCCGCCAGACUGGCUGUGCGGGGCCUGCACGAGCUGUCCUGCUCUGCGGGGCAGUUUCUGGCUGUGCUGCCUGAGCUCUGGGGAGGCUUGAUGUGGGAAGCGGUGUCUGCUGGGCCCACGUGAGCCUGCAAGGAAGACCCCUGCUGUGGAAGCACUUCCCUCUAGUCCAGCAUAGGAAUAUAAAAUUCCUCUUGCCACACACAGAGGCUCAGGAGUGUUUUUUGGUGCCCAGUUUGCACAGGGCAUUGGGGGAGAGGGGAAAAAGGGUCCUUGUGCUCAGCAACGCUUGCCCAGGUGUGCAGUGAGAAGAGAAAGAGCCCUAAGUCCCCUUGGCCUUUGGUGGUGCUGUGCUGAAGCCUCCAAGCUUGCAGCAGAGCAGCUGGGCAAAGGCUGGAGCUGUGGGGCUCCCUGAGCCAAAGGUCCUUGGAGAUGGCCAGAAGCCCUGUCCCAGGCAGGAAGUGCCAUCUGUGUCCUGCCCAGGUGUUGGCCGGCUGCUGUGGCGCUUGCCCGGGGCGUCUGCCGUGCCUGCGGCAGAAGGGCUGGAGGCCUGGGCAGGAGGGUGGGGA